AUGGAUUCAGCGCUUCAUUUGAGCCCGCGUAAAAAGGCGACAUCAUCAAAUCCCCUAGUUCUUCAUGGUCGACAUUUUGGUCGGACAGUCUUCGCAUUAUGUAACUACCCUGCUCUUCUGACUUCGGGCAUACUGCGCCUUGAAGACUUACAAGACACACCCAUUGAGGAUUAUCCUGCAGAGGUAUUCAUGGAACUUGUUGAAUCAUAUCCUGGUCUUCUGGAUCAUCUAACGAAUGGCGAUGAUGAGGAUAUCACUCAUGUGGGGGAAUUGAUGGGUAAAGGAGCCUCUGGUGCACGAGGCGACGACAUGAAGACCCUUAAAUCCGCAGUCCUUGAGUGGCUUGUCCUGAGAGGACAGGCAGUCAUACUGCCACUCGCCCAAAAUAUCAAGUCUGACUGUGGAUUUAAUCAUGAGGUCACUGGCGCACUGCUCUGCCCUGCAGGGCUUGAUUGGUCGAAUGCAGAAACCAAGCAAAGUCUCAAAAGUGGUGAAACCACAGUUCGCAGUGAUCAAUGGCCGAUGUUUUUGUAUGCUGGGUAUGUCUAUGAUUCGGAGGAUCCGUGGAAGGGUUUACUGAGGAGUGAAAUACUGAUAUUUGGCUUCAAACAUGUCUUCACAUCUCCGAGCUCUGUGGAUAAGGAGCCAAAAGCUACGCACUCCAGUAAUGCCUAUCUCCACAGUAUGAAGACGGUGACGAAAGGGUCUCUGGCAUAUAUUGCCAUGCAGGUUCGAUUUUCAUUAAGCUCAUCGUCCGUAUUUUCACGUACCGAUACAGUCACCGACUCCGAAAACUUCUACCACAGCAUCCUUGAUCUAUUGGAAGAUCCUGAGGAAAAAAGCCAGGAAGUAAUAGACUUAAUGAUGUGGUGGACUCGUCGUAUUUUUCCUAAUUCCUCCUCUUUGCAGCGAGGUGUCAGCAAAAACAGUGCUUUAGCCAAAAUUUGGGAGAAACGGGCUGCUCUUUGA